AUGCGCAGAGUCGCACACAGCAGAUGUCCCACAAGCCGCGCUGUGUGCUGUGUCUGGCCGCUACACAUCAGCGGACUGCCCCCUCUCCCUGGAAGACCUUUGAGACGAGCUGCUCAUAGCGAGAUCCAGGCCAUGUCCUACUACUCUUCAUCCCGGAGUUCUUCUAGAGUUCCAGAUUGCAAAGUCUAUGUGGGUGACUUGGGCAAUGGUGCAGCCAAAGGAGAGCUGGAGAGAGCUUUCAGUUAUUAUGGCCCACUAAGGAGUGUGUGGGUGGCCAGGAACCCCCCUGGUUUUGCUUUUGUGGAGUUCGAAGAUACCAGGGAUGCAGAAGAUGCUGUAAAAGGCAUGGAUGGAAAGGUGCUUUGCGGCUCUCGAGUUCGGGUGGAGAUGUCAACUGGCCUUUCCAGAAAGGGCCGUGGACGUCCGAGCCGGCGCCAGUUUGACCCCAGUGAUCGCUGCUAUCAAUGUGGGGACAGGGGCCAUUACGCUUACGACUGCUACCGCUUCAGCAAGAGAGGAGGAGGAGGAGGAGGAGGGGGAGGCGGUGGCGGCGGGGGAGGUGGUGGAGGAGGACGCCGCAGCAGGUCUCGGUCCCGCUCUCGUUCCCGCUCUCGCUCUCAUGGACGCCGCUACCGUACUCGCUCUCGCAGCCGCAGUUACAGCCGGAGUCGUCGUCGCUCUCCGUCCUACUCCAGGCGCAGAAGCAGGUCUGGCUCCCCUGCACGCUCUAAAUCCAGGACUCCGGCCAGAAGUCGUUCCAGGUCUCGCUCUGGAUCUGCACCCAGAAGGCGCUCAGUUUCUCGCUCCCGUUCUCGUUCACGCUCGACUCACAAGAGGAACAGUCGUUCCAGGUCGGCUAGCCCUGCCCGAAGCGCCACGCCAGCUGAUGACUAA